CCGUUCUUUGCUGAUGUGGACUAGCGGACUCACCGUCCAGACUUCCUGUCGUCUUCCCCGGCCGAAGUCACCGAACAGACAACUUCCCCACAGCUGCAAUUGCCGUCACAACGCGUCGAGAUGCUCGGGAUAGCUGCCGCCUUCGCCGCCAUGCUGGUGGUCGCCUGCUCGGGAGAGAGCUGCACAGAGCCGGCCAUCACCCCGUCGGCCUACACUACCUCGGACGCCGUCAUCGCCGCGGAGUCGGUCUUCAUCGUGGAGCUCAGCCUGGUUUGUGCCAACGGAGUGCAGAGCGUCACUCUCUAUGCUGAUGUGAAUGGAAGACAGUUUCCUGUGACCAGAGGCCAGGAUGUUGGCAAGUACCAGGUGUCCUGGAGUCUUCCUCACAAACAGGCCAGCUCUGGAACUUACCAGGUCAAGUUCUUUGACGAGGAGUCGUACAGCGCCCUGCGCAAGGCCCAGAGAAACAAUGAAGACGUGAACGCUAUCCAGCCUCUAUUCUCGGUCAACGUGGACCACAGGGGCGCGUGGAGCGGCCCGUGGGUUUCCACUGAGGUGGUGGCGGCCCUCACGGGAAUACUGCUGUACUACGUGGCCUUCAGCGCCAAGAACACCAUCCAAGCGUAAACAUCCACACUCAGAUCUUCGGAGACUGAAUAGGGCGCCUCGCAACCAUCUGCUUUGGAUUCAGCGACCGUCAGCAGUCUAGGAUUGUUUUUGUUGUUCUAUUCAGACUGUGUCUGUAUGUUCUCUCAGAUGGACUUUGCGUCAGUUAUUUUUCUUACACUCGGGUCACCGAGCUGGACGGUUUGGUCAAAUGAAAUGUCAAACCAAUAAAUGAGUUCUUUUGGUCUUCCA